AUGUUGACGGAUAACGCAGAUUUGCGUUUCACUGAGGCUGAAUCCACUUCUUGUGAUACGAAGUGUCCACCGGGUUAUUGGCUCUAUGGCAACUGUUCGCGUGGACAAUCACUGGAAUGCAAACGCUGCUCUGACGGCUGUCCUGCAGGAAUGUAUAUUGCACGACCGUGUACACCGUACAGCGAUCUUGUGUGUCGAGCUUGCAGACCGCUGUGCAUUUCAGAGGAAUUCGAAUUCACACCCUGCAAAGGAUCCAGCAAUCGUGAAUGCAGACGAAAGGACAUCAUUCCAGAACUGGUGAUCCCCCACAAACGUCGGGUAUGGUUCGAGGAUCAACGAAAGGUUAAGGAUGUGUCAUUCAUUCUUACUUCAGAGACGCUGCGACGUCUGCCAGUCAAUCGGACUAUCGUUCUCGAUCGGGGUUCUGGCUAUCAGGUGCAACUGGAGUUUGAGAUGGUUCAACUGGAGCCCAUCCUCGAACCCGUGAAUCACUCGGCAAGUAAUGACAAUGCGCACUUCCUCGCCUCGGCACAGGAGGGCGUCAGUGCUUCGGAAGACCUCUACAGUCGUCAGUGGUUCGGUGGCAGCACUGCGGACGCCUCCAUUUCGCACACACAGAGCGGUGGCUUUCACGAGAAUUGGCAUCGAGCCAACGAAACGCUGGCUCGCCUCUGUCCCUUUCCCAUUCCUCCGGUCUACCAUCUCACCAUGCUUGUUCACAGAAAUGUUACUACUGCCACUGAUCCAGAUCAGAGUCUCCCUGGUUACCGACCCAUUCUAACCAGCUGCACCACCUACGAGCAACAUGGAAACUUUCCACCCCUUGGAUCUACACCUUCUACGUCGGAGGAGCGUCGAGACUUCUAUGGUGACGCCGCGUUUGCCGGCUUAAGUGGCGACUUCGGUUAUGGAGACUAUCGGCCACUGAGAGGUGGUUUUUAUCCCACCGCCGCAGCGGAUGAUGCCUACGUCUAUGCAGCUCAGAGAAGUCGAUUAAUGGCAGCGGAAGCACCAAGUAUAUCUUGUCUGGAACCGUCUAAAUUACCCGCCGUGUUUGGGCCAGAGUGGAAUGAUGAACUGGCUGCUCCGCAGACGGCCUUCUAUGAGGAGAAGAUUCAGUGUGCGCAACUAAAGGAGGCGUGUCGAGCGUGUUUGGUGAACUGUGCGGAGGAAAUAAAGAGUAGUUCACUCUCCUGCAAACCGACCGCAGGACCGGCGGAUAACGGACGCUCGGGUCGGUUAGAGACGUGCUUUGAUUGCUGUGCGAAGGACAACUGCACGUACAUCUGUGGGAAGUAUUCGGCGCAUCGAUGUCUCAUGCGUCUUUGUAGUCGUGGGACGCGAUUGGACUUUCGUCUCACGCCCGAGUGGCCCAAGGAGAACCCUUUCAUCUGUCACGUUCAACCAGCAUCCAGUCGUCCAAUCUACCGCCUUCGCUGGUCCCUGCUGCACAAUGGACAUCCGCCGACUAAACAGACUUUCUUAGCCAGCUUAUCAUUAAACCAGCCAAUCAGUGGGCCUCAAGGCGAGUCCAUUUGGAGUGCGGGUAGUCAACCUUCAACUGGAGCAGCGGAUAACGUUGUGAAGCGCCUUCCAGAUGGAACGCUGAAUCAACUGUUUCGAGGGCUGUUGAACGUGGACUACACUCUGGGACUCUCACACAUUCCAGACAUUAUCAGCGGCUCUGCUAAUACCCAGGCUGCUUACUAUUGGAGCACGCAGGCGAAUUUCACAAUCCCCCUCCUCCAGAACACCAUGGCAAGCACUUUUGGCGGUAGUAGUGGCGGUCCUCGUGGCGGAGUUGGGGGAGCCGGGGGCUACACAGGUUCGGGUAGCAGCUAUCCCUUCCUUCCGCCGUUUGGAUCCACUCCAAGUGAUUCAUCUAGUGGUGCAACCACUCCCAGUAUCCUAGUCUGGCCUUCAAAGCCCUUUGAAGUGAGUACGGACCUCUGGCGUCGUCUUUCAGCAGCACCAUGCGCGUCAGCCGAUCAUUUGUUGGAGAAGCUAAACAUCUACACACCUGCAUUGGCACCUUACAUCGGCAUGACUGACGUCCAGGUCAACUAUCGAGCGCCUUACCUCUACUCCAUCUCACAUGUUCGCAUCAAACCGAAGCUGAAUUUUAGCCUUUCCAAAGACUCCUCCUUCCUUGGAAGCAUCUUCGAACCCGCCUCCGUGGAACGUGGUCACUCACUACGCGCCAGCCUGGCUCUUAGCUUGAACUACGGUCUCAAUGACGACGUGGUGAUGCAAAAUCUCCAACAGUCGCAACAACAACAACAGCAAAGUUUUUGGGUCAUUGAUUUGGCCGGUCAGGUGUCACACUUUCCGGGUCUUUUUCGAUUGAAAGUCUACCCUGAGGAGGCCGGAGGAAGUGGAACUGGCGGCGGUGGAAGUGGUGGUAGUGGAGGUGGAGCAGAUUCCAUGGAGGAGGUGGAAGAACAUGAAAAAAUGCCCGAUGGAGAACCUCUUUUGGACUACGAGGUGGGAGUGUUUGAGGAAAAUAAAUUUGAGCUGCGUAUUCUGAUUCCAGCUCCCAGCGAAGAGCCUGACUACGAUAAGUCUUUUCGGCUGAUCAUUUUGGAUGCCAAAAAUCGUCUAGACAUUCGUGUGCGUCGCGCCGUUCAACCGCCUGCGGAGAUGCAACAGAGGCGCAUGUACACCGUCUCCUCAAGCAGUGCUCUCUCUUCCCUCGCGGCUCUUGUGCCAAGUUUGGCCGCUCGGCAACUUCGCGAGGCGAACAUCGCUGCACCAGUGAAUCGAUUGGUCAGACGAGGACUCCCAACAACUGCAGCGUCGACGGCAGCGACAACAACGUUCACAGUUAACCGAGUGCUACCCAUUGGACCUCCUGCAGAGGUUGUCUACGUGCUGAUUCUUUUCCUUCUCCUUCUCUUUGUCAUCCACGUUUUGGGGCACAUUACUCAACCAGAUCCCUCGCACUACUGGAUUGGUUGCACACCCGCACAGACCUCUGACCCCAAUGCCACUACCUCGGCGGCCAUCUUCACCUUUCGACCCCCCGACAAGGUCACACCCCUGACCUACUGGCGACGGGUCUUUGUAUUGGUUAUCUACCUCUGUCUCAAAUCGGCCUACACCUUCAGUGUUACCCUCACUGCACUCAUCAUUGUAACGCGCUACUUUACGAGAGAACCGGCCCAGCAGUUGGCCAGUAUGGCGGAGUGGAACGGGCUGGGUGGGCCUGAUCACAGUCGGUCAGUGGUGAGCAUCGCGCGUCAGAAGCUGCUCAAAGACGCAAUGGACGCCUACCUCAAGGUGGAACUGCGUCGACAACAACGCGAGGCUCUCGAGAUGCACAAGGCCUGCUCUGCAGGCACCGACAAGAUGUUUGACAAAAUGGAACAGGCCUUUGACGUAGCCUCAAGGCGCUCCGCCUCACGUCGUAGCCGCGUUCUUGUCUCUCAAGCUGUUGCGGAGUACGCGCGAGUCGCCGCUGCUGCCUCCGUCCUCGCCUUCGACAGUGGACUGGCAAAUUUUAACACCACUGCACAGUGGGCGCUGCGCCGACUGCGUGCCGAUCUGGAGGCCACGGAGGGCCUCCUUGCCACCUCCGAUUGGUUGGCGGGCGCACGGCUCAUCUACGAGGAGGUGGCGCGACUACGCGGCCUUGCACCUGACCCGGCGGACCCUACGCGACCCUUUCUGCAGUGGGCAAAGCUCUUGCCACCUCCCCUUUACGAUUCGAUUUAUCAUACCGGUGGUGGAGCCCCCGUAUUUAGUCUGCCCCCGCACCUGCCUCACUUUGAUCCCGAUAAGAUGCGACUGCCCACACCACCUGUAUGGAAUGAGGUGGUAGAGACGGGCGGAGGAGGGAGCGAUGCCGACGCCUUUGAGACGAGAUAUGGACCCUCCUACCUACCAUUUGUCUCCGAUGCUGUGGAUGUGGACGGUGAACAACUAGCCUGGUCAGUGUACGAAGACGCCGACGGCAGGUCCGACCAAGGCGAGACAGACUGGCCAAAGGACCUUCUUCAAUCAAGUUCGAAGAAGAAACGACCCUCAACACACCAGCAGGCCGAGACCUCCAACUCCAAGUCCACCAGUGCAGACGGUGGCAUCGUGGACGUCUUUCAACUCAACUGGAUUCAUCUCCUCUGUUUCGCUCUCUUCCUCGACGGCUUUUGGCUCGUUCAUCGUGUGCUUCACACCGUGGAUACGGCGGAACGGAUUCUCUAUGGGGAGCCUAUUGUCAUCGACUGCACGGAUAAAGGUUUGAAACGACGAUUGAUGAAGAGGAACCGUUUUCGGAAAGGCGCAAAGUCGGCUUUUAAGGCGUUCAUGCGACAGGACUGUGUGAGACGAAUUUGUGCUGGUGCCUUGACCCUUCUAAUUGUUUGUCUGGCCUCGGCACAUGUAAAGGAUAUUCUUUCGGAGCAUGUUCUAGACUACACCGGUUAUUAUGACAAUCUUAUGAUGGAUGUUCAUCUGCAUGCGCGUUUUGUCAACUUGCACAUUGUCAGCUCGGCACGCCGUCUAACACACCAGGAGUUGGCCACCACAGAGGCCCACGCGGAGCAUCGCUAUCAGGAGGCGCAAUUCCUCCUCUACCAUUGGACCGGAUGGCUGAAUCGGGUUGAAAUGGAGCAGUGUCGGGUUCUCCUCCUGUACAAGGAAGCUGCACGGGCUCUACGUUCCAAAAUCGUCGCUGACGAAGGCCUUUUGGGUGGCGGGAGUGGUGAUGUUGGAGGAAGCACGGAACACUUCGCUCCUCUGCCUCCAUGGUCUCCAGCUUCCGCAUCAACGUCUUUCUCCUCCACAGUCAACACAUCGGCUUCUAGCGAAGCCUUCGUGCCACGCCACUGUCGUCUGUCGGCCGCGGAGCGUGCAGCAGAGCUGCGUCAGCUGCGACGCCUCGAGCCGCCCCACUGUCCUAUCAACGUCAUCACACCGAGACUCUUCCAAGGGUACAAUGCUUCGGAGUACUUUGCAGAGGUGGUCGCUCAGUCGCGUGGCUGGUUGUCGGCACUACAGGAGUGGGUCAGCGUCUUUCUCACUUGUGUAUUCGCCUUUGUCUCCACCAUCAUCUUGUGGAACUCUCUGGGCGCCGUGAUGUGGUUCUUUGCCCUUCGAUUUAACCUCAUCAAUAGGAAGGUCUUCUACGAGUCCGACAUCUCAAGUUGGCGCAAACCGAGUGUACCCGACUGCUACUAG